CUCCGGCUGUCCUCACCCGGCUGUGGUGUGCAGGUGUGUGGCGCUGGCCAGGUUUCCUGCAGAAGGCGACCCCGGGCCCAGCGGGGCUGAAUGGUAGGAUGGUGACGGGAGCCCAAGUCCCCAUGGUCAGCGAGCCUCAGGAUGGCGACGGUAAAGACCAGCGGCUGGGGCUGGACCGAGAUCUCCAGAGCAGGAUUCUAGAUGUGCCACUGCAGCAUUCGGACUUCUUCAAUGUCAAGGAACUGUUUUCUGUAAAGAGCCUCUUCGAGGCCCGAGUACACCUGGGCCAUAAAGCCGGUUGUCGACAUAGGUUUAUGGAGCCAUACAUCUUUGGUAACCGCCUGGGCCAAGAUAUCAUCGACCUGGAGCAGACAGCCUUGAAUCUACAGUUGGCCUUGAACUUCACGGCUCAUGUGGCCUACCGCAAGGGCAUCAUCCUGUUUGUGAGCAGGAACCGACAGUUCUGUCACUUGAUUGAGAAUACAGCCCGGGACUGCGGAGAGUAUGCUCACACCCGCUACUUCAAGGGUGGUUUACUGACUAAUGCACAACUCCUCUUUGGGCCCACGGUCCGCCUGCCAGACCUCAUCAUCUUCAUGCACACACUCAACAAUGUCUUUGAACCCCAUGUGGCUGUGAGGGAUGCUGCCAAGAUGAACAUCCCCACAGUGGGCAUUGUGGACACCAACUGCAACCCAUGCCUCAUCACUUACCCUAUCCCUGGCAACGAUGACUCACCCCAAGCUAUCCAUCUCUUCUGCAAGCUCUUCCGGACAGCCAUCACCCGGGCCAAGGAGAAGAGGAGGCAGAUGGAGGCACUGCAUCGGUUGCAGAGUUCCCAGGGAUCUGAGGGCAGUGGGACAUCUUCUGCACCUGAUAAAAGCCAGUCCCCAUGACAGGAGCCCCUGCUCCCACACUAGAGCCAAGCCUGCUCUGAGCAGGAGGCUCCUUGUCCAGCCUUGGCCUAUAUAUCCCUGUUCCCCAUCCUCAGCAUCAGAGACCUAUAGUUCCCAAGAUCUGGCCACCCCAGAGUCUGAUCAUCCUGAAUUAAACCUUGUCUGCCUCGUUUUGGGGAACAAACUCAAGUACAUAGCUGUGUGUCCUCUGGCAUCCAUUAAGACAUAGCUAGCCAAUUGGAAGGCUCUGUUUCUCUUUUUGUCAAGCCCUUGCUUCCACUUUAGAAGUAGGUCUACAUCAGGAGGGUUCCAUUUGGUCUCUGUUCAAUUAAAAUUAACACUUCAUUCUCUGAAGGAAAUUCUAAACAAGGUAAUAUUGAUGUCCCUCGGGGGGGGGGGGGGGGGGCAAUAGUUGCCUCUACACCUAAAACCAGACUUAAAGGCUAAGCAGGCACCUAAGAGGGGUAGGAAGUAUAGUUCUAAGGAGGUGCACUAUACUACUAAAGAGCUUAAUGAGUUUGUUCAUUCAUUCAAGCAGUCUGGGGAAUGUGUCAGAAUGGAUUUUAAGGGUGUGAUAUAAUAGUAGAAGGAAAAGAAAACUGAAUCAGGCUGAGUUUAUUGAUAUGGGCCCUCGAGUGGAGGUCUAGAUUUAAUAUGGAAAUUUGCAAUUUUAAAAGGUGCCAAAAGUUUGCUUGAAAGAUUGGCUAAAGCAUUCGAAAAAACAACCUACUGUUGGGAGCACAAAGGUCCUUGUGUCCACAGACCACUGGGAAACCAGAAAUGCUACACACAGUUGUCUCUAAAGGAAGAAAUAAAUACCUGUUUUUCUCGAAGGCGGCCAGGAGUGGAUAGUGUUAUGACCUGAUGACCUUUGCUAUCUGUAGAGCCAGACCAGACACAAACCCCCAGAAUGUUUAUCUCACUCUCCCUCCCUAAACCUUUAUUUUUAGCUUUUUGUUUGUUUUGGUUUGUUUGUUUUUUCAAGACUGUUUCUUCUGUGUAGACCAGCUGGCCUCAAACUCAUGAAGAUCCGCCUGCCUCGUGGAAUUAAAGGCAUGUGCCAACUCUGCCCAGUUAGCUUUGUUUAUCAGUCAAUAAAACCCAUCCUUAGGUGAGA